UUAGAAAUGAGUGAUCCGAGGGUUAAGAAAAGAAGUUACAAGGCGAAAAAUGAGAAGGCAAUGGAUGAGACAGAAAAAGAGGAAAACCGUCGUCGUCGCCAUGUUUUGGGUCAGCUAUCGCGGGCACCCGGAAAAUGUCCUGUAGGCAACUGCGAUCAAGUGGUGUUCCCAUCGGGUCUACUGGUUCACCUGCUUCACAAGCACACCCACAAUCCGAAUACCAACGUGAUCGUCCUCUAUGACGAACAUCCAAUCCGAAGAACCUUCAAUCCAGAUAGUUUCGAAUACGAUAAACCACAGGCAUUGACUUUAAUCCUGUAUGCUGGUACCCAGGGUAAGCCGCACACCCGACCAUCUCGCCGGUACUUGAGUUUUUCCAAUUGCGGUCUUCUUAACAAUCGCCGUCGUUACGAGCAUCAUUUAGCCUUGGUCCUUAUGAUUUGCAAGACCUCGUGGUUCUCCAUGCUGCCUGACAGAAAACACGGCCAGAAGCUGGAGGAUAAGAUUGGUUCACCGGAGAACACCAUAUAUGUCCUCUGGCUGGUAUGCCCGGCCACCUCAAGUCGAAUGUUCUAUACGCUAACUGUCUUUGAUCGGUACUAUAUACAGUCGCGCAGUGUCAUCCGGAAAGCAAGGAACUACGUGCAUCCGCAGCAUCCGAAGGAAUUUCUCAAUAAAGAGAACGAUUACCUGUUGCUUCGCCAUGAGGAGGCAAUGGAGCUAAUGAGUGCCGAGGGCGACGCAGAGAAUCCGACACCGUACAUUAACAUGGAACUACUUGUGCAGGAGGAACCUAGGCUGAUAGAGUUAGCCACAGCGACCUCCACACAGUUUCUGUAUACUUACAAAGGACUGAGAUCCAAAAUGCCACGCAAUAAAUUGGAAUUAUAUAGAAGUUCGAAUGGGAAACUGUCUCUCAACCGAAAGCCCCUUUCGAAUCCAAUGAUUCCAGGUACAAUCAUAAAAUCUCCACUGGCAUAUUUUCCAGAAUCGGGAAGUUUUAUGCCCUUUGAAAGGGUCACGGAUCGGCAAUGGAAAAACUCCUUAAGGAUAUCCAGGCAAAGAACUAGGACAAAGGUUACAACUACCGAAGAAUCAAGCGACAGUUCAGACAAUCAACAAUACUCCCUUCAUAGUGACGUAAAAGUAGCGCCCAAUAGAGAUCGAUACCAAGAAAAGCGCGCUAAAGUCAAGAGAGCCCAAGAAAAAGUCAAGGACGAAGGUCAACUAAAGCCUCUCGAGCUUGGUCCCGAUCUCAGGGCUCCAAAAGUCAGUCGCACAGAAGGCCAACGUUCCAAGAAAAAGAGUCAUAGCCGAUACAAGGGUCAACUUGAAGACGAAUUGGUAAAGCACGUAAUUGCAGCCGAGCGGAAAAAGAGCAAGGCAAGGCAGCUAUUGAAAAGCGUGGAAAGAUAUCUAGAAGCUUACCAAGAAAGUGAUGAAGAAGAUUCUUCAAGUAAACUCAAACAUAUUCUCAAAGAAUUCGCUGAGGACAGAUAUUUGGGCGGCAAGGACUUAAGCCCUCAAUCAGUCAACAGAAGAACAACAUAUAUCGAUUGCCAAAAAAAGCGCCACAUGAAAUCCAAAUCCGAGUCCCCAGAAAGGCCGUCAGGAUCACGCGAAAAGGCCGGAUCUAGUCGAGAAGCAUCGCGAAAAUGCAUGGAGGAAUUCAAAGAGAGUUCCAUUAGGGAUCUAGAGGAAUCGAUAAUGAAUUUGCGAAUACCAAUCACCAAUGAAGUAUUGCAAACUGUUAAGGAAGCCGUGGUAAAUUCAGUGAAGGACGCGGUAAGAAAGGUGGCCGAAGAAACGAUAAUCACUAAACUAGAUGUAGAGUCUGAAUUGCGACUGGGAAGAGAACAGGAACAAGCAAAAGAACCAAAACCAGAGACGAAAACUAAGAGCAAACCGGAAAUGCAACCGCAAGUCCAAACUAAAGCGGAAACGGAAGCUGAAAUUGAAACUGGACCGCCUCCGAAAAGGCCUACCAAAAUCCCAGGAGUUACCGUCAACAUUGAAACAGAGCUCGCAUCCGAUUGCGAUUUGUAUUCGGAAAGCAAUUAAAAUUGAU